AUGGUUGAACAACGACAUACUUGGUUUUGGGUUUAUCAAGCCAUCGGGUUAGCCCAGGGCCUUGGACUACAUCGUACUAUGGAGCACUCACCACAGCACAAAUUCUGGGCCAGAAUCUGGUGGUGCUGUGUUGUACGUGAUCGGCUGAUUGCGUUGGGUACCGGUAGGCCCAUGCACAUUAAUAGUCUUGAUUGCAAUGUUCCUAUGUUGAGCUACUCAGAUCUUGAAGAAGAGGGCGAUGAUGACGAGCAGCUUCGUGUUAAAGCCAUUUUCAUCGAUCUCCUAAAGCUAUGUCGGUGCACAGAGGUGGUUUUGUCCCUUUUUACAGCAGCAGCCGACCAUCAACCUGACCAAAUAGACCUCUGCAAGGAUAUGCUUCACCACUGGGUAUCUAAUCUUGAUCCAUCAUCGCGGCUGUCUGACGAAUGCUUUAUGAACACAGCAAGACAGGGCGCAGACGCUGCUUAUAAAAUACUCCUUCAUCUUCUACACAAGUCAGAGACCUCGAUGUAA